AGGAUGGCCUCCACGAUUGACCUAAAUCAUGGCCAUCAUCGCACUGGAUGUUAUUGUAUGUAUCUUGACUGUUGCUGUCCUGUACUGGUUGUACAUUCGCAGCGCCUCGGUUUCCUACUCAAGUCCUCCGGGGCCUCCAGGACUACCUUUCCUUGGUAAUCUAUACGAUGUGCCUUCCCAUGAAGCCUGGCGUAAGUAUGUUCAAUGGAGUUGUCAGUAUCUUUCGGAUAUCAUUCGACUGAACGUCUUCGGUACCAAUAUCAUCGUCGUCAAUUCACUAAGAGCCGCCAUAGACCUCUUUGACAGAAGGUCAACGAUCUAUAAUGACAGACCGCACAUGACCAUGAUCAGUGACUUGAUUGGUAUGGGUUGGACCUUGGCAUUGCUUCCGUAUGGAGAACGUUGGCGAGACAUGAGAAAAGCAUUGCAUCGCGACUUGAACUACGAUUCGGUGAAGCAGUUUCGAGAUGUUCACAUACAAGCAUGUCAUGAAUUUUUGAGGCGACUGGUCUCUCGGCCUGAGCGCUUCAGAGAAGACAUACGACAUAUGACAGGUCGCAUUAUCCUGAGGGUGGCAUACGGAAUUGACGUUGAGAGCGAAAAUGAUCGCUAUAUUGCUUUUGCAGAAGGUGCAACAGAAGCCUUUUCUUCCACAGUGAACGCCGGGUCGUACUUGGUCGAUUCUAUACCAAUUCUGAGGUACCUACCGGAAUGGUUUCCCGGAGCCAAUUUUCAACGCCGGGCGAGGAUGUGGAGACCAGCGGUAAACGACAUGCUGAAUGAACCAUUCCGAUUCGUGAAGAAGCGUAUGCUAGGCGACGGUGCGCUGAAUGAAUGUACCGCAACCUCUCUUUUGGAGAGUAUUCCACAAAGUGGAAAAGAUCCAGCUUAUAUGGAAGGCGUGGUGAAAGACACAUUGGCAACAAUAUAUGCCGCUGGUGCGGACACGACUGUCGCAGCGCUGGCCUCAUUCUUUCUCGCGAUGACAUUGUAUCCAGAGGUCCAGAAAAAAGCCCAAGAAGCAAUAGACAAGGUCAUCGGCCCUGAACGACUGCCCGAUUUCUCAGAUUAUGAAUCCUUGCCCUAUAUCACUGCCAUCAUGAAUGAAUCGCUUCGCUGGCACCCUGUUAUCUCCCUCAACAUUCCUCAUCGUCUCUCCGAAGAUGAUGUAUAUAAUGGCUAUUUUCUGUCAAAGGGUUCAGUUAUAGUCGGAAAUAGCUGGGCCAUAUUGCAUGACGAGUUGACUUAUCCAGACCCCUCGUCGUUCAAUCCUGAUAGGUUCAUGAAGGACGGCAAGUUGAAUCCCGAUGUGCUCGAUCCUGAUACGGCUGCCUUCGGAUUCGGUCGAAGAAAAUGUCCCGGAAUUCAUUUAGUAAAAGAGUCUUUGUGGGUUUCAAUCGCAUCCAUCCUGGCUUCGUUCACAAUCGAACCUGCAAAAGGUCAAAAUGGCGAGGAGAUCAAGCCGCCUGAGGAAUAUCUUCCGGGGCUUCUAAGCCACCCGGCACCAUUUACAUGUGCCAUAAGUCCUAGGACUGCCAAACACGAAGAAUUGAUCGCGAGUACUGUUCACGAAGAAGCCUGAUGAAGCGGUGGACUUGCACGAACGAGAACUCAUAUGUUUCCAUUGUACAUUCUACCUUCACAGAUUGUUGCUGUUAUCAUCGCAGUCAGGAUGGCUGUAGCAAGCUCAUCAGUUGUAGAUGUCUUAUGAUGAAAUAUUAGCUAAUAGCUGAAUCAUUCAGCUAAUAUUCAAGUUUCAUAUGUCGUC